UUCGCCUUGAGGUCAAUUUGGAGUAACCUUUGUUGGCGUCUUCACUUUGGUAAACUUGUCUUUCCAAUGAACCGUUGAUCAAUGAAUGUUAGCCAACACAUAUUGCAACAAGAGCAUCUAUUGACACGAUCACCUUGAAAAUACCAUCGUAGCACACUAAGCUAGUACUUUAUUGCUGAACCACCCUAUUCCAAAACAUUUUCGGCAGAUCGUAUGCUGCGACAGGCCCGCCGUAGCCACGAAGACAACAGUCAUCACACCAUCAAGAUAAUUCUUUACACAUAGCAAUGGCGUCCGCAGGCCCAGGGUACAAGCCCUCGUCAUUCAGCUCCGGCUCACAGCGCGCCUCGCCCUUCCGAAGACCCUCAUCACCAGCUUCUCCUUCACCGCUAAGACAGUCCACCCCGUUAGGCUCUCCCACUCGUGCUGGAACACAGUCUGUUGCUGGUUCUAGAUUAUCCUAUCAGUCGACACCAGCAACCGCGGAGACAUGGACACCCAAGGCACAAUUCAAUCUUCCCGACACGAGGGCCAGUACAGCAACAGCGUCACGACCACCUCUCAAGACCUCAAACUCAAGGGGUGUGGGCAGUAACAACGCCAUGUCACAGUUACCACCUUCACAGGUGCGGAUGCUUAGAGAGGGAUUCCAGAUCCUCGACCGUGACAGUGACGGCGUCGUCGGUAGAGAGGAUGUCGCUGACAUGUUGACCCAGCUAGGUCUCCCUGCCAACCCCUCCGAUGUAUCGCCGUUCUUCCCGCCAGCGUCACCGCAAACCACCACGCUCGCCGCAUUCCUCAGCUCACUAUCUGCGGUACUUGCCGCCUUGUCGCCUAGCGCCGAGCUGCUUUCUGCGUUUUCGGCCUUUGAUGAUGACGAUAGUGGACAAGUUGACCUUGUAGAAUUACGCGACGCUUUGUUGCAUACUUCGCCGGAGCCCGGCGAGCGAUCUUUGACUGAGGAGGAAAUAGACCGGGUCAUGGACGGUUUCACGGGAAGGAGAGCCUUCAGCAAAGGCAACAGCAAACUAGGGGGAUUGGGAAAGCGUGGAGAAGUCUUCAAGUACCAAGAGUUCGUUCAAUCAAUCCUGGGGGGUAGUAAUGGCAAACCCGAGGCUGCCGAUUCGGAGGAAGAGGCCUAAUUGAUACUGGUUCCAUUUCUGCUUUCGUCUGUAGCCGGUGUCCAGGAUCAUGCGUACAUAUAGAUAUUUGCCAUUGGUUGGGUGUGUUCAGAAGGAAAUGUAAGGAAUUUCACGGGAGUGACGGACAGAAAGUAGUAAGGUGCACUCCAAGUCCUACCCAUGCUAUAGGCUUUUCUUAUUUAUGUCAUGAGAGUUCAAGUGCACAGUUUACGGAAUUUGAACACAGAAAUAGAGCCGAACACAUGCAGAUUGGCAGAGUAACCAUAGCCUGGCUUGUGUUGUAUUAUGAAAUAAAUCUCAAAACAAGCACAUGUUAUUGUGGG